UCUCUUUCAAUAAACCAUAACGAAGACAGUCACACAGGAAAAUCAACUUGAGAGGAAACAUGGAAGACGACGAGAUAGAGGAGGGGAUGCUGGUGGAGGAAGACGCCGCUCCGCCGCCGCCGAAGAAGCCGGGAAAAUCCCCGUACGAAAUGCUUCAGGAGAGCAAGUUCUCAGUGGAGGACAUAGUGACGAAGAUGCUCACCAUCAAAAAAGAAGCGAAACCUAAAUCGGAGCUCCGCGAGCUUGUCACUCAGAUGUUCCUCAACUUCGUCACCCUCCGCCAGGCGAAUCGUUCGAUCUUGCUCGAGGAGGACCGCGUGAAAGCGGAGACGGAGAGUGCGAAGGCGCCGGUGGACUUGACGACGCUGCAGCUUCACAAUCUGAUGUACGAGAAGAGCCACUACGUGAAGGCCAUUAAAGCUUGCAAGGACUUCAAGUCUAAGUACCCGGACAUUGAGCUGGUCCCGGAAGAAGAGUUCUUUCGCGACGCCCCGGCCGAUAUCAAGGAGCCGACGCUGUCGAAUGAUGCAGGGCACGACAUUAUGCUCAAGAGGCUCAAUUUCGAGCUCCACCAGCGCAAGGAGCUCUGCAAGCAUCAUGAGAAGCUUGAGAUUCAUAAGAAGGGUCUGUUGGAGACAAUUGCCAAUCGGAAGAAGUUCUUGUCCAGUCUUCCUUCGCAUUUAAAGUCCCUAAAGAAGGCUUCUUUGCCGGUGCAGAGCCAAUUGGGGCUUCAGCAUACCAAGAAGCUCAAGCAGCAUCACGCUGCAGAGUUGCUUCCGCCGCCUCUGUAUGUAGUUUACUCGCAGUUCAUGGCGCAGAAGGAGGCAUUUGAUGAACAGAUUGAGUUGGAUAUAGUGGGGAGUGUGAAGGACGCUCAAGCUUUUGCCCAUAAGCAAGCAAAUAAGGAGACUGGCAUUUCUACCAAUGUAGAGACUACUAGGGAGGAUGAUGCACUGGAUGAGGAAGAUGAUGGGCAGAGAAGGAGAAAGCGGCCAAAGAGGGCUCCAGUCAAGCAAAACCUUGAACAGUCUGGACUGUAUCAAGUUCAUCCGCUGAAAAUCAUCCUUCAUAUUUAUGAUGAUGAGGUUUCUGAUCCCAAGUCUGCAAAACUUAUCACCCUCAAGUUUGAGUUUUUGUUGAAGUUGAAUGUGGUAUGUGUUGGAAUUGAAGGAUCCAAUGAUGCAGCGGAAAAUAACACCUUAUGCAACCUAUUCCCAGAUGACACUGGCCUUGAGCUUCCCCAUCAGUCAGCCAAGCUCGUUGUGGGUGAUACUCUUGCAUUUGAUGAAAAGAGAACUUCCCGUCCGUAUAAGUGGGCCCAGCAUUUAUCGGGAAUUGAUUUCUUGCCUGAGGUGGCACCUUUGCUUGCUGCCCCUGAAACUCCAAGUGGUGAUACAGCUAAAAGUGAUGCUGUUAUAUCUGGUCUGUCACUUUACCGCCAGCAGAACCGAAUACAGACAGUUGUGCGAAGAAUUCGCUCUCGGAGAAAAGCUCAAAUGGCUCUUGUGGAACAGAUUGAAUCACUUAUGAAGCUUAAAUGGCCGUCUGUGUCUUGUGAAAGUGUUCCAUGGGCUUUGCAUACCUCUUUGUGCAAAUUGCAUGGUUUUUCACCUGUUGGGCCUCCACCUAAUGUGGCAUCAUCUUUGUCUGUCCUAGAUAAGGAGCAGGGUCAGGAGCCUAUGGAUGUCAAUUUGGUUGGACGAUCUGGUUCUUCAAAGGAAGAGCUGGAGAGUGUCAGAGAAGAUGGGGAACUUCCAUCUUUAGUUCCAGCUGCAUCCAUUGCCAAUGUUAGUAAACUUGCUCACUAUAAAGGAGCUAGUCUUGACCACUCCAGACGGCCGUCCUUACUUUCAAAAACACCUCCAAUUAGCAAGGCCAAAUCACUAAGUUAUAAGAAACUGGAUGAAGAUUUAGAUCUUCUUCUGGAUACAGAGAGUGAUCAGGACGAACCUGCACGUGUGCUAGAGGAAGAAAAUUUAGCGUCUGUUGAAUGUUUUGAGAUGGCUGGAACGUCAUGGGUGGAUUUUGGGGUCAGAGAAUAUUGUCUUGUUUUAACCAGGAGAGUUGACGGGGAUAAGAGGAAUAUGAAGUUAGAAGCCAAGAUUAAGAUCAGCAUGGAGUAUCCAUUAAGGCCUCCCUAUUUUGCACUCAGUCUUAGCACUAUAUCUGGAGAAAACCAUAAAGAGAGUGAUGACUCUGAGUGCUUCAAUGAACUUCGUGCAAUGGAAGCAGAGGUCAAUCUGCACAUGGUGAAGAUGUUACCUCAAAGUGAAGAAAAUAAUAUCUUAGCUCAUCAGGUUUGUUGUGUGGCAAUGUUAUUCGACUAUUACAUGGACGAAGCAUCCCCAUCUUCUGAAAAGAGACGGAGCACUUCUGUUGUUGAUGUUGGCUUGUGCAAGCCCGUCAGUGGUCAGAUUGUUGCCAGAUCAUUUAGAGGAAGGGAUCGCAGGAAGAUGAUAUCCUGGAAGGACAUGGAAUGCACUUCAGGCUAUCCUUACUAGACCUGUAGUUUUGGAAUCUGAAUUGCGAGUCUGGAGUUUGUGAAGGGAGCAUCAAUGACCUUUGGGACCAUUGGCACAGUAUCUUAACGGAAACAGAGUGUGCAACAUUCUGGUGGUAUCGAGGUCAGCCGGUAACUUCUCGUUUGAUGAGUCUUACGUUCAGUUUGCAGUAGAAGAUCAAUCGAGAGGUAAAGAACCCUCCCUGUGAAACACUCAGUAGUUGACAUUGGGGUCUGUGUCGAUCCCAAGGCUCAAGCAUAUUUGUUUAAACUUAUAGAACACUCGUGAUUACUGUACGAAAGAGAUUUUAUCGACUGAGGAUUCGUUCA